GAAAAUUAUUUCAUUACCUUUUUACUUCUGUGAAGACUAGCAAACGAUUCAUUGCAACAUCAAAGGGUGGACUGAUGCAUUUGAAGUGUCUAACAGCUGCCAUUUUAAAGCAACAAGACGAUGUAUGUAGCUCAGCCACAAUUGAACUUCUCGAGAAUAGAUCUGAAUUUAAGGAUUUAGCUCUCAGGGAGGCUCAAGCAAUGAUUAUACGAGACAAGGAAGAUGGAAAAAAACUUGAGAAAGGUAUUGAAUUAGCUAUCAGCAUGGCCAUCCUCGAUAGGAAGCUUGAAGACCCUCCAUCGAUCCGAAUUAAUGUUAAAAACCGCACAGCACAAGAAAUAACAGACGAAAUCAUUACGCAUUUGCCCUCUAGUGAAGGCAAUGUGAUUGUGGUGCAGGGCCUCAGCGGGACCGGAAAGGGAACAACCGUCUCAAAACUUUGGAAGACUCUACCACGAUGCGUUGUAUGGAGCAAUGGCAAUGUGUUCCGCUGCUAUACCUACCUAUGCAAUGAAGAACUCACCAAGUCUGGAAAGUGCAUAUCCGACGAGACCCUCACUCCUGAGCUUCUGCGUUCAUUGGAGAAGCGCAUCACUUUUGAGAAAACAGAGAGCGACAAUCAGUACCACAUUAUGUUGGAUGGAAAUGUGCGGGUAGAUGACAUUGCCAACACCAUUCUCAAAAGGCCCUUCAUUGGAAAAUAUGUACCCACAGUGGCUCAGCAUACGCAAGGUGAGGUCAUUCACUUCGCCAUGAAUGCACUACAAAAGUUAAGCAAAGAUGGUUACAAUGUUAUAGUUGAGGGCCGCGCACAGACCCUGAAUUAUAUUGAAACCAAGGAACGCUUUGAGCUUUUCAUUCCAGAUGUGCACACCCUAGGCCAGCGCCGGGCGGCGCAGCGCGUCAUGGCUCUGGCUCUGAAUCUUAUUGGCAGUCGAAUUGAUUCCUUAACCGGUAACGAAGUGUGUCGGUACAUAGAGGAUGCACUUCAGUACCUUGUCCAUUGUGAGUAAUAAAUCCCCAUCUUUUUUUCCUUCCAUUUAGAAAAGCAACAGAUUUGCAAUAUAAAUUCAUGAUCUGUUGUAUCACUACUAAAUAUAUAAAACGUUUUUCGCUAGUAGUAUAAUAUUUUCCCCUCUCAUUAAGCUUACUUAUUACAGGUCAAUCCGAUUAGGAUGAACGAGUAAAUUUGUUGAACUUCUAUAAAUUAAAUAAAUUAGUCAUUGUGUGUAUAUGCUGGUACAACAAGGAAU